AUGCUGUCUUUUCUUGUUGGUUCAAAGCAAGCAUUUGAAGUCUCCUUAGCUGAUGUCUCCCAAACACAGCUACAAGGAAAGAAUGAUGUCAUAUUGGAAUUCCAUGUGGAUGACACAACUGGUGCAAAUGAGAAAGAUUCUUUGAUGGAGAUAAGUUUUCAAUUGAAGCCUUCUUACGUUUUUUCCUCUCAUCUAUCUUUUAAUGUUGUUCAGAUUGCUGUUGAAGUUGAUAAAUCUGAUAUUUCUGGUCUUACAUGGAUGAAAGUUCCACGGACUAAUCAGCUUGUUGUUAGAAUCAAAGAUGGUUUGAAGUACAAGUUCACUGGUUUUCGUGAUCAGGAUGUUAUUAGCCUGACCAACUUUUUCCAGAACUCCUGUGGGUUAACAACAGAAGAGAAACAGCCCAUGACUUUUUUUGAUGAUAUCACAACAAUCCUGAGCAGUAUCAAUCUUAAUGGAUCCAUACAACCCAUGCCUUUUUCUGAUGAUAUCACAACAAUCUAA